AAAACGUAAAUGACGUGACGUGUAGGUAAUCCCAGAGGUAUCUUUUGAAAACGUUUGCGAAAUAUCUCGACAUACGGACAAUAUAUCGUAAUAAUAAAUUAUCAAUACAUCGAUUCGAUAAGGAUAUUAUCAUCCACACUCCACGUCAUAAGUUUACAUUCACAGGUAUAAUUAAUUUUCCGUACUUUCCUUACACAUUGAUUUCAAGUUUUAAAAAAGGAAUACUUUUUUUUACACCUAUUUGACUGUGUGUCGCGAUAUCAAAAUGUUGAGAUUACUAUUCUUGGCUGCAUUGCUGCAGUGUACAAUUUCUCAGCAAUAUCAGCAGAAAGUGGCUCCAGGAGUUCCACCACAGAACUAUCAGAAUUAUCAACAACCGCCGCCUCCUCCGCCCCCGCAACAGCAACAAUACCAACAGCAACAACAGCAACAAUUCCAGCCACCCCCACCUCAACAACAGCAAUACCAGCCUCCGCCCCCGCCCCCACAGCAACAACAACAACAGUUCCAACAACAACAGCCGCCGCAACAACAGUUCCAACAGCAACAACAGCAUGGACACGCUCAUCACGGUGAUCCCCAGCUUCUGAAUCCUGCCAACAUCGCCCAGGAAAGAGACCACAUACAAGAACACAUGGAGGUCCCAAUAGAUACAUCAAAGAUGUCUGAACAGGAGUUACAGUUUCACUACUUCAAAAUGCAUGACGCUGAUAAUAAUAACAAGCUGGAUGGCUGCGAGCUGAUCAAGAGUCUCAUUCAUUGGCACGAGCAAGGUCAUAAACAAGCGCCGCAAGGAGGUGCGCCGCCCGUAGGCGAGAAAAUCUUUGGUGAUGAUGAAUUAGUGAAUUUAAUAGAUCCUAUAUUAAAUAUGGAUGACCAUAACAGAGAUGGGUACAUAGAUUAUCCAGAGUUUGUGAGGGCACAACAAAAGAGUCAGCAGAAGCAAGGAGGACAGUAAGGUUUAAGAGUAAAAUAGAUAUAUGGGAGAACUAGAUAUGAUUGGUGGCAAAAACUUUGUGAUACAUGAAAAAAACUGUAUGUUUUAGAUUUUUCAGAUAUGUUUUUACAUUCUUGUUCCAUGAAGUAGUAUAACUAGGCUGUUAUUUUUAUGGGUUUUAUUAAAACUGACUUCAAAGCAUGAAGGGCCAACCUGCCAUUCAAUUUAAUAUUUUUAAAAUAAUUUUGAUCUGAAAGCAAUUCAGAUUUUGGUGCAUUUUAGCGCAUAUUUGCAUGAUUUUUAACCGACAUCCCAAAUAGGAAGAGGUUGUAAUUAUUUUGAAAUUUUGGUAGGUACUUAAAAUAAAAUAAUGACAAAAUUGCGAAAAUUGCAAACUAUUUUCAACUUUUGAAGCAUUUAUAUGGCAUUUUCGAAAAAAACAUUCCAAUUUACAAUUUCGUCACAAUCAUAUCUAGUUUAUUCUAUAAAAAGCCAAUUCUGAUUAAAAACUUAGACUUAUUUAAUUUCAGGAUUCACUCGCAUAUUACCUAACAUAUCUACAUAUGUGUUGAUCAAAUAAAUCUAUAUAUAUCUAUGAUCUUUAUACUCUACUAUCUGUUUUCCCGUGGUUUCACCCGCGUCCCGUGGGAACUACUGCCCGCACCGGGAUAAAAUAUAGCCUAUGUUACUCGUAGAUGAUAUAGCUUUCUAAUGGCGAAAGAAUUUUUGAAAUCGGUCCAGUAGUUUUGGAGUUUAGUAAUUAUAAACAAAAAUACAUUUUUUCCUCUAUCAAUUGAAAUCUUAAUGCGAUUGAAUCCUGAAUUUAAAUAAAAUAAAAAAAUGUACUGAAAGAGAUAUAUGUAUAAAAUACUUUUUGAUGGAGUUUUUUAAAUGUUAAACAUUAUUGUAAGAAUCCUUUGAACAUUAUUGUAAAAAGCAUUUGUAAAAUGUCCGCGAAACUGCAACCGCCGCGCGGAUCCAUGCCAGCUGUGGACUCGCGACAUAGCGUACACGUUUUUAUAUCGCGAACAAUUUUGGUAGAAUCUCGCCGUAAGGGUUGGCCCACAUCUGGCAGCACGAAAUCGCCUUUUUCCGUCGCCCUUUCUCUUUCUGUCGCUCAGAACUGCUAUUUGCUAGACCGAGAUAGAAAGCAUAAUGCGAUAGCACGCGGCGGAAUCCUCGAGGCAAUCGCCAUCACUUAAUCUGUCUCGGUCUAGCAAAUGGCAGUUCUAAGCGUCAGAAAGAGAAAGGGCGACGGAAAAAGGCGAUUCCGUGCUGCCAGAUAUGGUCCAACCCUGAGACGAACUUUUUGUUUUGGAUUGAAAAGUAGCUUAUCUUCGGAUUUCAAUAACCGACCUUCGUUGUUUUGCAAUUAGUAAGAAUUUGACACUAGAUUUUCAUAAAUUAUGUCAAAUUUCAGUCUCGCAUCGAAAAACAAUGGUUAGGUUAUAGAAAUCCUAAGUAAAUUGUGCGUUUUUUUCUCAGUUUUGUCGAAUCUACAUUUGUGUAUAUUUUGAUUAAAUGGUAUCUGUCUCUAUUUUCGAAUAAAUAUUAAAUAAAUUAAAGUUUGUGUAUAUUUUGCUUUUAAAUUAUCUCAGCUCAAAAAAUGAUCUUCCAGUAUUUUUGGCAAAAUGUUUAUAAAAAUAUUUUUUCUCAUUCUUUUUUUACAAAAUUAAGAUCUGUUUUUACCCGACUGUCAAGAAGUGUUAUGUUUUUUCUAAGUAUAUCUGUAAAAAAUAUUUUUACAAUACUAUUAGAUUACCUAUUCAUUUUUUUCUUUAAGAUGUUUUCACUCUAUUUAUUUCUCUUAAAAAAACUUUUACCCUACUUCUACAAACUAAGAAGUGGUUCAUGACAAUUAUUUCACACAUUUAAUGUGUUAUUGAAAAAAAGGCUCAAAAAUAGUUUUUUUUUUUAUACAUUAUUUCCUUUAUUUUUUUUCUUUUACUUUUUUACCGUGUAAAAGUUAGCUUACUGCGAUUCAUAUGUUGUUUUUUGAAUAGAUAUUGAAAUUUGGCAUAAUUUAUAUGAAGCUUAGUUCAACAUUCAAUUCAAAAAACAACGUAGUUAGUAAACUUGGCUGUUGAUCAAUUUUGAACUUUAUUUCUUAAAGAAUAAAGUUGAAACAUAAACGAUUACUUUGUUUAUCGAGAGUAUACACAUAAAAACGUUGAAGAAAAUAUUAAUUUAUCUCUUAAAAUCAAGGUUACAAGUAGGCCUAUCUACAGCAUAUCAUUUUUCUCAGUAAAAAACCUGAUGUUUCUAUUUUUCCGACUGUGUUAAAAGAGUGUUAUGAUUUUGUGUUUUUAAUUUUUCUUUAGUUCAUUGGUUGUGUAAGUAAUAGUUGUAAGUCUUGACUUCAAUAAAAAACUUUAUAUUAACAA